UAUUAUUGAGUGUCUCACUCUUAUUAUAAGAUCUAUGUCAAUUGUUAUUAAUUUAAGCCGGAAUUUUUUUAUUUGUUUAUUUAUUUUAUGAAUUUCAUUCCGCUUCGAUUCCUGAAAUCCCGAAUUGUGAACCGGCAUGAUAAAAAAUGAAUAGCAAACGUGACUAUGAUUCGUCAUAUUUUGAUUCUAACAAUUCAAAUAGUAAUGAUUCUUUUGGACAGAGAAAACGGAAACGAAAAUCUCGAUUCAGUGAUGAACAGGAUAAAGUAUUCAUACCUGGAUUGCCGACAAUCAUUCCAUCAACAAUGAGCAAACAACAAGAAGAGAUCUAUAUUCUUCAAUUACAAAUUGAGGCAUUAACUCGUCGUCUCCUUACCGGCGAUCUUGGAAUACCAGAUAAUCCUGAUGAAAGAUCUCCAUCACCAGAGCCUGUUUAUAAUACUGAAGGUAAACGUCUCAAUACUAGAGAGUAUCGUACUAGAAAAAAAUUAGAAGAUGAAAGACAUUCUCUGGUUCUGAAAAUGUUGGAACUAAAUCCUACAUAUAAACCACCUAGUGAUUACAAGCCACCUCAAACCAAAAUCAAUGAAAAGGUUUUGAUUCCACAAGAAGAAUAUCCAGACAUAAAUUUUGUAGGCCUUAUCAUUGGACCUCGCGGAAACACUCUCAAAGGAAUGGAACGGGAUACUGGAGCUAAAAUUAUCAUCAGAGGUAAAGGUUCAGUGAAAGAAGGUAAAUUAGCUCGAAAAGAUGGCCAACCAUUGCCUGGUGAAGAUGAGCCGUUACAUGCGUUUGUAACGGGUCCUACUCAAGAAUCAGUAAUGAAGGCAGUACAAAAGAUUAAUGAAGUCAUCAAAAAAGGCAUUGAAUUACCUGAAAAUAUGAAUGAACUUCGUCGUAGCCAAUUGCGCGAAUUGGCUCUUUUAAAUGGAACGUUGCGUGAAAAUGAUGGCCCACGAUGUUCGAAUUGUGGUGCUAACAAUCAUCGUUCAUGGCAAUGUCCUGAUAAACCAAAUGUAACCAACAAUGUAUUCUGUACAAAUUGUAAUGGCGUUGGUCAUCUCGCCAAAGAUUGUAAAGAGAAACGUGUUGAAAGUAAUGUAAAUCAAGCCAAGAUUGAUGAAGAAUAUCUCUCAUUGAUGGCCGAAUUGGGCGAAGCACCACCUGUACCAACUGUUACUACAACAGCUUCAUCCACUCCCGUUCCGUCCAGUCAAAGGACAGCUACUUCCAUACUUGGUGGCCCUUCAACAUCGACUACAGAUAUUAAUAAUUGGGCGAACGGUAGUGGUAUACCACCGCCACCACCACCUCCCCCUCUUGUCACACCAACCACAGUUACCACGGCUACUACCAGUGCUAAUGGCGCUUCUAUGUGGCCUAAUGCUGCCGGUUAUUAUGGAUCUUAUGAUCCUUAUAAUGCAGCAACAUAUGGAGCUCAUAUGUGGGAUCCUUCCGCAUGGGGUGCAACAGCUGCUACAACUAAUAAUACAUCUGAUGGCCAGUCUUCUACAUCGACAAAUUCAACGGCGGCAACAACGUCUGGUUAUGGUGCCUAUGAUCAAAAUCAAUGGAGCCAAUAUGCUCAUUGGUAUGCCGCAUCCAUGGGAAAUACAACAACGACAGCCACAGCAGCUUCUGGAUUACCACCACUACCAUCGAUUCCGGCUGUUGGGUCUAUUUAUCCUCCCCCUCCACCACCACCACCACCUCCCCAUAGUUAAAUCUUGGUCAUGAAAUAUUAUGUCAUUGAUAAUUAUUCUUUUUUUUGAGCAGACGGAAUAGUUUCUCUUUUUUGGCAGAAAAAAUUAAUCAUUUUUUUAAUGUCAGAAUUUUUCCAUUUUAAUUUUAAAACACAUUAUAUUGGAAUAUAUAUCAUUUAAUAAAUGAAUGCAUGACAAUUUAUAUACAAAA